AUGAGAUUAAUAGGAAAGAGGACUAAAGAUGCCGGAACGUAUGCGCUACCAACUACUUCGGAGGUUGCUGCUCUCAUUGUUGGAGAUUUAGACCCUUCCAUGGGUGAACAUGAUAUUGUUGUCGAGUCUAAAUCUGGAGUACUGAAACGAAUAAGUGAAUUAAACCCAGCAUAUUUACCAUUGCAAUACCCAAUCUUAUUUCCAUAUGGAGAGGAUGGUUUUAGGGAAGAUAUACAUUUUGCAACACAUGUUAUAUACACAAUUGAGUUCCAGAAACGGGGUCUUCCGCAUGCUCACAUAUUACUGUUCCUACAAGGGACGAGCGACUUUGCCAACCCUGCUUUUAUGGACAGGAUCAUUUCAGCCGAGAUCCCAGACAAGCUGGCAGACAAUGAGUACUACAAAGCUGUCGAAGAAUUCAUGUUGCACGGCCCGUGUGGUGUUGCCAGGAGUAAUUCCCCGUGCAUGGUAAAUGGCAAGUGUUCGAAGCAUUUUCCAAAAAGAUACAUUGAUGCAUCACAAUUUGACCAGGAUGGUUACCCGUUGUAUCGAAGAAGGGAUGAUAAGAGGACAAUAAAAAAAAAUGGAAUAGAGUUGGAUAAUAGGUAUGUUGUACCACAUAAUCGGUACUUGCUCUUGAAAUACAAAGCCCACAUUAAUGUAGAGUGGUGUAACCAAUCUAGGUCAAUCAAGUACCUAUUCAAGUAUGUCAACAAGGACAACGACCGUGUAACUGCUGAGUUUUAUAAGACUACGAUGGAUGAAGCUGGUAAUGAGAUUGUUGAUGAAAUAAACAUGUACUAUGACUGCAGAUACAUCUCUGCAUGCGAGGCAGCAUGGAGGUUGUUUAGCUUUGAAGUCCAGUACAGAACUCCCCCGGUUGAGCGACUAAGCUUUCACUUGCCUGACUGCCAAUCAGUUGUUUUCCAAGACGAUGAUACGAUUGAUCAUGUCCUCAAUAGAGAGACCGUUGGGCAAAGUAUGUUUAAUGCAUGGUUUGUAGCCAACCAGAAUUUCAAAGAAGCGAGCUUACUAACUUACAUUGAGAUGCCUACCAAAUUUGUGUGGAAAAAGGACAUCCGUGAAUGGCAUCCAAGAAAGAAGGGUUUCUCAAUUGGUCGAAUAUUCUAUGUACCACCAGCUUCAGGUGAAAUAUAUUAUUUGAGGUGUCUAUUGAACAUAGUCCGUGGUCCAAAAGGUUUCCAAGAUAUUAGGACAGUUAACGGUGUUGAGUACUUGACCUUUAGAGAUGCAUGUUAUGCUCAUGGAUUGCUAGACGAUGAUAAAGAGUACAUUGAUGCUAUAAAUGAAGCAAGAUACUGGUCAACUGCACAUUCAUUGAGGAAGCUAUUUGUUGUUUUACUAACAUCCUCCUCAAUUAUUAGACCAGAAAAUGUUUGGAAUCAAGUGUGGCAACAUUUGUGUGAAGAUGCUCAACACUAUCAAAAAAGAAUAUUAAAACAACAAGAUUUGGUCUUAACAGAGGAUGAGAAAAAGAACUUUGGAUUGUUUGAAUUGGAAAACCUUUUGGGGAAACAAAAUAAGUCUUUAAAAUACUACCCUCCCAUGCCAAUACCAACUACUGAUAAUUCAAGGUUGUUUCAAAAUCAUUUGGUUUUUGAAGAGUUAUGUUACAAUCGUGAACAGUUGAAGGAAGAUGCUGAAGUGCUGUGUGCCAAACUAACGGAAGAACAGAGUCUCAUUUAUGAUACUGUUAUCCAAGACAUUGCAGACAAUAAAGGUGGCUUAUUUUUUUGUUAUGGAUACGGUGGAACUGGAAAGACUUUCUUGUGGAGAGCGUUGUCAGCUGCAGUCCGAUGCAAAGACUCUACCUGUAACAUUAAACAAUGCAGCGACUUGGCUGAAUUGUUGAUAAAGACGAGUUUGAUAAUUUGGGAUGAAGCUCCCAUGAUGCACAAACAUUGCUUUGAAGUGUUAGAUCGAACUAUGCGGGAUUUUUUGCGUUUUGUAGACCCUCAUAGUGAAAUGAAGACAUUUGGUGGUAAAACAGUUGUUUUGCGGGGAGAUUUCUGCCAAAUCCUUCAUGUAGUUCCAAAAGGUACACGGCAAGAUAUUGUGUCUUCAGCCAUAAAUUCAUCAUACCUAUGGGAUAGUUGCAAAGUUUUAAGGUUGACUAAAAACCUCAGACUAAGUUCGGUACCCAACGGUGGAAACCGGCAGGCAUUACAAGAAUUUGCUGAUUGGAUUGCUAAUGUCGGCGAUGGAAAGAUGGGUGGGCGGAAUGAUGGUUUCGCAGAGGUUGAAAUACCAAAGCACAUGUUACUAUCAUCCGGAGGGGACGAUAUUAAAACAAUUGUGCACAGUACAUUUCCUAUGUUUGCAAAUGGAAACACUGACCCUGAGCACCUGCUAGGUCGUGCAAUAUUAGCACCAACGCUAGAUGUGGUCAACGCAGUCAAUGACUAUAUGACUGAGUUGCAUAAUGCCGAAAGCAGGUCAUACUAUAGUUCAGACGCAGUAUGUAAAGCCGAUGGCGACAACGGUAUAUUUGCAGAUGUACACACACCGGAAUUUCUAAACAGCAUUAAGGUGUCAGGUCUACCAAAUCAUACACUGACUUUGAAAAUUGGUUCACCAGUAAUGUUAAUGAGAAAUAUUGACCAUUCUCUUGGUUUGUGA